CAAAAACAAAAUGCACAUGUGUUCCGUGUUGUCAACUUCAAAAACUAACCUAGCAUUUGGUUUGUGUGAAUGAAAAUGACCGAUUUACCAGGUUUUGAAAAUCCAAAUAAAACUAUAGACCUAAAUACCGACGAGGUAGAUAGGCCAAAAAAGAAAUCCUCAAAGAAAGGGGGCGGUUUCCAAUGUAUGAACUUGAGCUACAAUGUACUGAAAGGCAUUACGAAAAGGGGCUACAAACAGCCCACCCCAAUUCAGAGAAAGACUAUACCGUUGAUUAUGGAAGGCAGAGAUGUAGUAGCAAUGGCUCGAACAGGUAGUGGUAAAACAGCUGCUUUUCUGAUUCCUAUGUUUGAGAAACUAAAAAUGCGGAGUGCUAAGGCAGGUGCUAGAGCUCUCAUAUUAUCCCCAACCAGAGAAUUAGCCUUACAAACUUUGAAGUUCUUGAAGGAAUUAGGCCGAUUUGUAGGCCUGAAAGGAGCUGUCAUCCUUGGAGGAGACUCGAUGGAUGAACAAUUCUCAGCAAUCCAUGGAAAUCCUGACGUUAUAGUAGCAACGCCGGGUCGUUUCCUACAUAUCUGUGUUGAAAUGGACUUGAAGCUCAGUAGCAUUGAAUAUGUGGUAUUGGAUGAGGCAGAUAGACUGUUUGAGAUGGGCUUGGGUGAACAGCUGACAGAAAUUGUUGGUAGAUUGCCUGAUACGAGGCAGACUGUAUUGUUCUCUGCAACGCUUCCCAAGGUUUUAGUCGAGUUUGCUAAGGCUGGCCUUACAGACCCAGUACUUAUCAGAUUGGAUGUUGAAUCAAAAUUACCUACAGAAUUGCAGUGCUGGUAUUUCUCAGUGAGACCCGAGGAAAAACUGGCAGCCCUUCUUGUGCUUUUGAAGUCACACAUUGACCAAAAUCAACAGACAGUCGUUUUUGCUGCCACAAAACAUCAUGUGGAAUAUCUACAUGCGGUGUUAGACCACAUGGGCAUAAGCAAUACUUACAUUUAUUCUAACCUAGAUCCUUCAGCUAGAAAAAUACAUGCAGCCAAAUUUAGUACUGGGAAAGUGAAGGUUUUGAUUGUAACCGAUGUAGCAGCUAGAGGUAUUGACAUUCCACAGUUGGACAAUGUUAUUAAUUACAACUUUCCUGCUAAGGCAAAAUUAUUUGUCCACCGGGUAGGUCGUUGUGCUCGAGCCGGAAGAUCAGGCGUAGCAUAUUCCCUUGUAGCCCCAGACGAAUAUGCCUUCCUGCUCGACUUACAUUUAUUCCUGGGACGACCUCUUUCGAUAACAACGCCGACUAACAAAAACGGUGAGGUUGGUAGAAUUCCACAAUCGCUGAUAGAGGAACAGCUAGCGUCUCUUAUAACGUUGCAUGAGACGCAUUCAGAUUUGGUUCAUUUAAGAAAGGGUUCAGAAAAUGGGUAUCUGCAGUAUCUCAAAUCGAGACCAGGGGCGUCAUCUGACAGCAACAGAAGAAUCAAAGAAAUGCCUUUUUCCAGCUGUUCAAUCCACCCACUGUUAAAAAGUUCAGGUGAAAACGCUGAGGAAAUCAGAGAGAAUCUUCUAGAUCAGAUGAAACAGUAUAGGCCACAUGGAACUAUCUUCGAAAUAUGCGGCAAGAACAAAUCCCAGGAAUACCAAAUAAUGAAGCAGAAGAGGUCGUUUCACAAAGAAAAAAUCCAAUCACAUCAUCAGCUGCUCAAGCAAAAACAAGAAGAAAUAGAAUCUUUCGGUACUGUGACUGAAGCAAAGUGUACGUUGCCGAGCAGUGAUAGCACGGAUAUAGACAGUACAUUUUCAGAAGUAGUGAUGCCUAAAAAGAGAAAAAUGGAAGAUUUGUAUAAGAAAAAUAAGCGGCAGAAGGUUAAAGACGAAAAUUAUAUUCCUUACGCACCGUCAGAUCAGCACACUGAAGAAGGAUAUGCAGUUAACAAUUUCCAAAAAGAUGCAUCGAAGGCUCAGUUAGAUCUGGUGGGAGACUCGGAGGAAGGGAUGAGAUUGAACAGGCAUCUGAAAAUGUGGGACAGAAAGAAGAAAAAGAUGGUCGCAGUACCCGAUGCAAGGAUAGGUAAGAUAAAGACAGAAUCGGGAGCUUGGAUUCCAGCUACAUACAAAUCGAACAGAUACGCUGAAUGGAAGGAGAAAACGAAAAUUGAUCAGGAAGAAGCUGAAGAUAAUGAUGAGGAAGAGGCACAGUCAAAACCAGCGGUGGUUAGAAGUAAGGCACAUACACAUUGGGCCAGGCAUAAUGAGAAGAUGAAGCAAAAACACAGAAAAUCUGAGCUGAAGUCAAAGGAUGAAAUCUUGAAAGCUAGGUCAAUCGCGGAGAAGAAACAACAGAGACAGAAGAAAGGGAAGAAUAAAGGCAAAAGGAAGGGAGUUAAAAAAUACUAAAUUGUAUUUUCUAUAUGAAUAAAUUAUGUUUUAAGAUU